AUGCGUUUAUCACUGAUCCUAGCCCCUCAAGUUCCUCUCUUCCAUCUUUUACUCUUCAUAUCCUACUUUAUCGACAUGGGGAGCGGCACCAGCACGCCCAUUCGUGACUGCCUCGAUGCCGUCUGUGCAAACCGCCCCGACUGCGUCAGAUAUCCUGGUGAAAACCUCUUCUUCCCUUGGGCGAUACCGUUCAAUCUCGAGUUUCCAGUGACCCCGGCGGCAGUUCUUCGACCCAGGACUGCCAUCGAUGUCUCGGGAGCGGUCAAAUGCGCAAAGGAAAACGGAUUCAAGGUCCAGGCAAGAUCUGGCGGUCACUCAUACGGCAAUUUUGGCCUCGGGGGGGUUGACGGAGCUGUAGUGCUUGAUCUGAGGAACCUCAAAAACUUCACUAUGGACCACUCGACGUGGCAAGCGUCAAUCGGUGGAGGGAUGCAUCUUGGAGAACUAGACGCGCAUCUUCAUGCCAAUGGUGGAAGGGCCAUGGCUCACGGAACGUGUUCGAGUGUGGGCGUAGGGGGUCACUUCACAAUUGGCGGCCUCGGACCAAUCUCGCGCCUGUGGGGUACCUCUCUCGAUCACGUAGUCCAAGUUGAAGUGGUAACAGCAGACGGAACCAUCCGUACAGCGAGCCAGACGGAGAAUACGGAUCUCUUCUGGGCGCUGCGCGGUGCUGGAGCCAACUUCGGUAUCGUCACCAAGUUCGUGGUGAAGACUCACCCGGAGCCCAACGGUAUUGUCGAAUACAGCUACAACUUUGCCUUUGGUACCCCAGGAAACAUGUCGACUCUAUACAGGGAUUGGCAGGCGCUGAUUGCUGAUCCAACCCUUGAUCGACGGUUUGCAAGCCUCUUUGUCGUCCAACCACUAGGCGUACUCAUCACAGGAACCUUCUUCGGGACUGAUGCAGAGUACCGCGCAUCCGGAAUCCCUGAUCGACUCCCUGGGGCCAAGGAUGGUGCUAUCUGGCUGACGAACUGGAUGGGCCACCUCUUACAUGAAGCAGAAAGAGUGGGAUGCGCAGCGAUGAGUCUCCCUACGGCGUUCUACACCAAAUCAUUGGCCUUACGGAGGAAAGACAGACUAAACGAGACGGCUGUUAGCGACAUAUUCGCUUUCCUUGAGAACAAGAAGAGUCAAACGGCUCCCUUCGUCAUCCUCUUCAACACCGAAGGCGGUGCAACGGCCGACACGGCGGGCAACGCGACCGCAUACCCACACCGGGACAAGAUAAUGAUGUACCAGUCCUACGGCGCCGGAGUGGGCAAAGUAUCGGACUCAACACGGAGUCUUCUAGACGGCGUACACGAGCGGAUCUUACGAGCGGCCCCGGGCGCCCGAUCCACGUACGCCGGGUACGUGGACGGGUGGAUGAACCGGACGGCGGCACAGAAUCUCUACUGGGCGGACAACCUAGAGAGGCUGACGCGGGUAAAGAGGACGUGGGACCCGGAGGACGUGUUCAGCAAUCCGCAAGGCGUGGAGCCGGCUGAUCAUGAGACGUGA